UUGUAAACAGCGCUGGGCUGGGGGCGGGGCCUGGGAACCAUAGCAACGAGCGGGGAGGAAGAGGCGUCACUUCGGCAACAGUGGCCUAGUGAGGCGCCAUAGCAACGGCUGUCAGAGAGCAGCGCGAGCCCCAUCUGCACCCAGAGACAGAGCCAGGUAAACACUACUCCUGCUGGGACCCCCAUACUGACUGCACCCCAGAUACAGAGCCAGGUAAACACUACUCCUGCUGGGACCCCCAUACUGACUGCACCCCAGAUACAGAGCCAGGUCAACACUACUCCUGCUGGGACCCCCAUACUGACUGACUGCACCCCAGAUACAGAGCCAGGUAAACACUACUCCUGCUGGGACCCCCAUACUGACUGACUGCACCCCAGAUACAGAGCCAGGUAAACACUACUCCUGCUGGGACCCCCCCAUACUAACUGACUGCACCCAGAUACAGAGCCAGGUAAACACUACUCCUGCUGGGACCCCCAUACUGACUGACUGCACCCAGAUACAGAGCCAGGUAAACACUACUACUGCUGGGACCCCCAUACUGACUGCACCCAGAUACAGAGCCAGGUAAACACUACUCCUGCUGGGACCCCCAUACUGACCGACUGCACCCCAGAUACAGAGCCAGGUAAACACUACUCCUGCUGGGACCCCCAUACUGACUGACUGCACCCCAGAUACAGAGCCAGGUAAACACUACUCCUGCUGGGACCCCCCCAUACUAACUGACUGCACCCAGAUACAGAGCCAGGUAAACACUACUCCUGCUGGGACCCCCAUACUGACUGACUGCACCCAGAUACAGAGCCAGGUAAACACUACUCCUGCUGGAACCCCCAUACUGACUGACUGCACCCCAGAUACAGAGCCAGGUAAACACACCCUGCUGGGACCCCCAUACUGACUGACUGCACCCUGUGAUACAGAGCCAGGCAAACACUACCCUAAGCAAUCCCCCCCAUACUGACUGACUGCACCUGUGAUACAGAGCCAGGUAAACACUACUCCUGCUGGACCCCCAUACUGCCGGACUCCACCCAGAUACAGAGCCAGGUAAACACUACUCCUGCUGGGACCCCCAUACUGACUGCACCCCAGAUACAGAGCCAGGUAAACACUACUCCUGCUGUGACCCACAUACUGACUGACUGCACCCAGAUACAGAGCCAGGUAAACACUACUCCUGCUGGGACCCCCAUACUGACUGACUGCACCCCAGAUACAGAGCCAGGUAAACACUACUCCUGCUGGGACCCCCCAUACUGACUGACUGCACCCAGAUACAGAGCCAGGUAAACACUACUCCUGCUGGGACCCCCAUACUGACUGACUGCACCUAGAUACAGAGCCAGGUAAACACUACUCCUGCUGGGACCCCCAUACUGACUGACUGCACCCCAGAGACAGAGCCAGGUAAACACUACUCCUGCUGGGACCCCCAUACUGACUGACUGCACCCAGAUACAGAGCCAGGUAAACACUACUCCUGCUGGCACCCCCAUACUGACUGACUGCACCCCAGAUACAGAGCCAGGUAAACACUACUCCUGCUGGGACCCCCCAUACUGACUGACUGCACCCAGAUACAGAACCAGGUAAACACUACUCCUGCUGGGACCCCCAUACUGACUGACUGCACCCAGAUACAGAGCCAGGUAAACACUACUCCUGCUGGGACCCCCAUACUGACCGACUGCAUCCCAGAUACAGAGCCAGGUAAACACUACUCCUGCUGGGACCCCCAUACUGACUGACUGCACCCCAGAUACAGAGCCAGGUAAACACUACUCCUGCUGGGACCCCCAUACUGACUGACUGCACCCCAGGUACAGAGCCAGGUAAACACUACUCCUGCUGAGACCCCCAUACUGACUGACUGCACCCCAGAUACAGAGCCAGGUAAACACUACUCCUGCUGGGACCCCCCAUACUGACUGACUGCACCCAGAUACAGAGCCAGGUAAACACUACUCCUGCUGGGACCCCCCAUACUGACUGACUGCACCCAGAUACAGAGCCAGGUAAACACUACUCCUGCUGGGACCCCCAUACUGACUGACUGCACCCCAGAUACAGAGCCAGGUAAACACUACUCCUGCUGGGACCCCCAUACUGACUGACUGCACCCCAGAUAUAGAGCCAGGUAAACACUACUCCUGCUGGGACCCCCAUACUGACUGACUGCACCCCAGAUACAGAGCCAGGUAAACACUACUCCUGCUGGGACCCCCCAUACUGACUGACUGCACCCAGAUACAGAACCAGGUAAACACUACUCCUGCUGGGACCCCCAUACUGACUGACUGCACCCAGAUACAGAGCCAGGUAAACACUACUCCUGCUGGGACCCCCAUACUGACUGACUGCACCCCAGAUACAGAGCCAGGUAAACACUACUCCUGCUGGGACCCCCCAUACUGACUGACUGCACCCAGAUACAGAGCCAGGUAAACACUACUCCUGCUGGGACGCCCCAUACUGACUGACUGCACCCAGAUACAGAACCAGGUAAACACUACUCAUGCUGGGACCCACCAUACUGACUGACUGCAUCCCAGAUACAGAGCCAGGCAAACACUACUCCUGCUGAGACCCCCAUACUGACUGACUGCACCUAGAGACAGAGCCAGGUAAACACUACUCCUGCUGGGUCCCCCCAUACUGACUGACUGCACCCCAGAUACUGGCGUGGUGGCCCACUCCUGGGACCCCAUACUGACUGACUACACUUGCCCAGAUACAGAGCCAGCAGGUAAACACUACUCUGCUGGGUUUAUACUGACGGCUGCACCCCAGAUGAGAGCCAGUGAAACACUGCUCCUGCUGGGACCCCAUACUGACAGUUUUACACCCCAGAUACAGAGCCAGGUAAAGCACUACUCCUGCUGGGACCCCAUACUGACAGCUGCGCCCAGAUACAGAGCCAGGUAAACACUACUCCUGCUGGGACCCCCAUACUGACUGACUGCACCCCAGAUACAGAGCCAGGUAAACACUACUCCUGCUGGGACCCCCAUACUGACUGACUGCACCCAGAUACAGAGCCAGGUAAACACUACUCCUGCUGGGACCCCCAUACUGACUGACUGCACCCCAGAUACAGAGCCAGGUAAACACUACUCCUGCUGGGACCCCCAUACUGACUGACUGCACCUAGAUACAGAGCCAGGUAAACACUACUCCUGCUGGGACCCCCAUACUGACUGACUGCACCUAGAUACAGAGCCAGGUAAACACUACUCCUGCUGGGACCCCCCAUACUGACUGACUGCACCCCAGAUACAGAGCCAGGUAAACACUACUCCUGCUGGGACCCCCCAUACUGAUUGACUGCACCCCAGAGACAGAGCCAGGUAAACACUACUCCUGCUGGGACCCCCAUACUGACUGACUGCACCCAGAUACAGAGCCAGGUAAACACUACUCCUGCUGGAACCCCCAUACUGACUGACUGCACCCCAGAUACAGAGCCAGGUAAACACUACUCCUGCUGGGACCCCCAUACUGACUGACUGCACCCCAGAUACAGAGCCAGGUAAACACUACUCCUGCUGGGACCCCCAUACUGACUGACUGCACCCCAGAUACAGAGCCAGGUAAACACUAUUCCUGCUGGGACCCCCAUACUGACUGACUGCACCCAGAUACAGAGCCAGGUAAACACUACUCCUGCUGGGACCCCCAUACUGACUGACUGCACCCAGAUACAGAGCCAGGUAAACACUACUCCUGCUGGCACCCCCAUACUGACUGACUGCACCCCAGAUACAGAGCCAGGUAAACACUACUCCUGCUGGGACCCCCCAUACUGACUGACUGCACCCAGAUACAGAGCCAGGUAAACACUACUCCUGCUGGGACGCCCCAUACUGACUGACUGCACCCAGAUACAGAACCAGGUAAACACUACUCAUGCUGGGACCCACCAUACUGACUGACUGCAUCCCAGAUACAGAGCCAGGCAAACACUACUCCUGCUGAGACCCCCAUACUGACUGACUGCACCCAAAGACAGAGCCAGGUAAACACUACUCCUGCUGGGUCCCCCCAUACUGACUGACUGCACCCCAGAUACUGAGCCAGGUAAACACUACUCCUGCUGGGACCCCCCAUACUGACUGACUACACCCAGAUACAGAGCCAGGUAAACACUACUCCUGCUGGGACCCCCAUACUGACUGACUGCACCCCAGAUACAGAGCCAGGUAAACACUGCUCCUGCUGGGACCCACCAUACUGACUGCACCCAGAUACAGAGCCAGGUAAACACUACUCCUGCUGGGACCCCCAUACUGACAGACUGCACCCCAGAUACAGAGCCAGGUAAACACUACUCCUGCUGGGACCCCCCAUACUGACUGCACCCAGAUACAGAGCCAGGUAAACACUACUCCUGCUGGGACACCCCAUACUGACUGACUGCACCCCAGAUACAGAGCCAGGUAAACACUACUCCUGCUGGGACCCCCAUACUGACUGACUGCACCCCAGAUACAGAGCCAGGUAAACACUACUCCUGCUGGGACCCCCAUACUGACUGACUGCACCCAGAUACUGAGCCAGGUAAACACUACUCCUGCUGGGACCCCCCAUACUGACUGACUGCACCCAGAUACAGAGCCCUGUAAACACUACUCCUGCUGGGACCCCCAUACUGACUGACUGCACCCAGAUACAGAGCCAGGUAAACACUACUCCUGCUGGGACCCCCCAUACUGACUGUCUGCACCCCCAGAUACAGAGCCAGGUAAACACAACUCCUGCUGGGACCCCCAUACUGACUGACUGCACCCCAGAUACAGAGCCAGGUAAACACUACUCCUGCUGGGACCCCCAUACUGACUGACUGCACCCCAGAUACAGAUCCAGGUAAACACUACUCCUGCUGGGACCCCAAUACUGACUGACUGCACCCCAGAUACAGAGCCAGGUAAACACUACUCCUGCUGGGACCCCCAUACUGACUGACCGCACCCCAGAUACAGAGCCAGGUAAACACUACUCCUGCUGGGACCCCCAUACUGCUGCACCCCAGAUACAGAGCCAGGUAAACACUACUCCUGCUGGGACCCCCAUACUGACUGACUGCACCCAGAUACAGAGCCAGGUAAACAUUACUCCUGCUGGGACCCCCAUACUGACUGACUGCACCCCAGAUACAGAGCCAGGUAAACACUACUCCUGCUGGGACCCCCCAUACUGACUGACUGCACCCCAGAUACAGAGCCAGGUAAGCACUACUCCUGCUGGAACCCCCCAUACUGACUGACUGCACCCAGAUACAGAGCCAGGUAAACACUACUCCUGCUGGGACCCCCCCAUACUGACUGACUGCACUCAGAUACAGAGCCAGGUAAACACUACUCGUGCUGGGACCCCCAUACUGACUGACUGCACCCAGAUACAGAGCCAGGUAAACACUACUCCUGCUGGGACCCCCAUACUGACUGACUGCACCCCAGAUACAGAGCCAGGUAAACACUACUCCUGCUGGGACCCCCAUACUGACUGACUGCACCCCAGAUACAGAGCCAGGUAAACACUGCUCCUGCUGGGACCCACCAUACUGACUGCACCCAGAUACAGAGCCAGGUAAACACUACUCCUGCUGGGACCCCCAUACUGACAGACUGCACCCCAGAUACAGAGCCAGGUAAACACUACUCCUGCUGGGACCCCCAUACUGACUGACUGCACCCCAGAUACAGAGCCAGGUAAACACUACUCCUGCUGGGACCCCCCAUACUGACUGCGGAUACAGAGCCAGGUAAGCGCACACUCCUGCUGGGACCCCCCAUACUGACCCAGGCUGCCCAGAUUACAGAGCCAGGUAAGCACUACUCCCUGCUGGGACCCCCAUGCCUGCUGCACCCAGAUACAGAGCCAGGUAGAGCUACUACUCCUGCUGGGUUCCCCGCGACUGACUGCACCCCAGAUGCAAGGCCAGGUAAACCCCACACUACUGCUGGGACCCCAUGCUGACUGACUGCACCCAGAUACAGAGCCAGGUAACCACACUACCUACUGCUGGGACCCCCCAUACUGACCCCGAGCUGCACCCCAGAUACAGAGCCAGGUAAACACUACUCCUGCUGGGACCCCCAUACUGACUGCACCCCAGAUACAGAGCCAGGUAAACACAACUCCUGCUGGGACCCCCAUACUGACUGACUGCACCCCAGAUACAGAGCCAGGUAAACACUACUCCUGCUGGGACCCCCAUACUGACUGACUGCACCCCAGAUACAGAUCCAGGUAAACACUACUCCUGCUGGGACCCCAAUACUGACUGACUGCACCCCAGAUACAGAGCCAGGUAAACACUACUCCUGCUGGGACCCCCAUACUGACUGACCGCACCCCAGAUACAGAGCCAGGUAAACACUACUCCUGCUGGGACCCCCAUACUGCUGCACCCCAGAUACAGAGCCAGGUAAACACUACUCCUGCUGGGACCCCCAUACUGACUGACUGCACCCAGAUACAGAGCCAGGUAAACAUUACUCCUGCUGGGACCCCCAUACUGACUGACUGCACCCCAGAUACAGAGCCAGGUAAACACUACUCCUGCUGGGACCCCCCAUACUGACUGACUGCACCCCAGAUACAGAGCCAGGUAAGCACUACUCCUGCUGGAACCCCCCAUACUGACUGACUGCACCCAGAUACAGAGCCAGGUAAACACUACUCCUGCUGGGACCCCCCCAUACUGACUGACUGCACUCAGAUACAGAGCCAGGUAAACACUACUCGUGCUGGGACCCCCAUACUGACUGACUGCACCCAGAUACAGAGCCAGGUAAACACUACUCCUGCUGGGACCCCCAUACUGACUGACUGCACCCCAGAUACAGAGCCAGGUAAACACUACUCCUGCUGGGACCCCCAUACUGACCGACUGCAACCCCCAGACAUGGCCAGGUAAACACUACUCCCUGCUGGUACCCCCAUAAUUAGACUGGACCCCCAGAGAUGUACAGAGCCAGGUAAACACUACCCCUGGGACCCCAGAGCAACACCACUGGACUGCACUCAGAUACAGAGCCAGGUAAACACUACUCGUGCUGGGACCCCCAUACUGACUGACUGCACCCAGAUACAGAGCCAGGUAAACACUACUCCUGCUGGGACCCCCAUACUGACCGACUGCACCCCAGAUACAGAGCCAGGUAAACACUACUCCUGCUGGGACCCCCAUACUGACUGACUGCACCCCAGAUACAGAGCCAGGUAAACACUACUCCUGCUGGGACCCCCCAUACUGACUGACUGCACCCAGAUACAGAGCCAGGUAAACACUACUCCUGCUGGGACGCCCCAUACUGACUGACUGCACCCAGAUACAGAACCAGGUAAACACUACUCAUGCUGGGACCCACCAUACUGACUGACUGCAUCCCAGAUACAGAGCCAGGCAAACACUACUCCUGCUGAGACCCCCAUACUGACUGACUGCACCCAAAGACAGAGCCAGGUAAACACUACUCCUGCUGGAUCCCCCCAUACUGACUGACUGCACCCCAGAUACUGAGCCAGGUAAACACUACUCCUGCUGGGACCCCCCAUACUGACUGACUACACCCCAGAUACAGAGCCAGGUAAACACUACUACUGCUGGGACCCCCCAUACUGACUGACUGCACCCAGAUACAGAGCCAGGUAAACACUACUCCUGCUGGGACCCCCAUACUGACUGACUGCACCCAGAUACAGAGCCAGGUAAACACUACUCCUGCUGGGACCCCCAUACUGACUGACUGCACCCCAGAUACAGAGCCAGGUAAACACUACUCCUGCUGGGACCCCCAUACUGACUGACUGCACCCAGAUACAGAGCCAGGUAAACACUACUCCUGCUGGGACGCCCCAUACUGACUGACUGCACCCAGAUACAGAACCAGGUAAACACUACUCAUGCUGGGACCCACCAUACUGACUGACUGCAUCCCAGAUACAGAGCCAGGCAAACACUACUCCUGCUGAGACCCCCAUACUGACUGACUGCACCCAGAGACAGAGCCAGGUAAACACUACUCCUGCUGGGUCCCCCCAUACUGACUGACUGCACCCCAGAUACUGAGCCAGGUAAACACUACUCCUGCUGGGACCCCCCAUACUGACUGACUACCCCCAGAUACAGAGCCAGGUAAACACUACUCCUGCUGGGACCCCCAUACUGACUGACUGCACCCCAGAUACAGAGCCAGGUAAACACUACUCCCCUGCUGGGACCCCGCCACUGACUUGAGCUGCACCCCAGACACAGAGCCAGGUAAACACUACUCUGCUGGGACCCCCAUACUGACGAGCUGCACCAGAUGCAGACAGGUAAACACUACUCCUACUGGGACCCCCCAUACUGAUUGACUGCACCCCAGAUACAGAGCCAGGUAAACACUACUCCUGCUGGGACCCCCAUACUGACUGACUGCACCCAGAUACAGAGGCCGGGUAAACACUUUCUCCUGCUGGGACCCCACCCCAUACUGACUGGCUGCGCAGAUGCAGAGCCAGGUAGAAACACUACCGCACCACUGCUGGGACUACAUACUGACUGGCUGCACCCAGAUACAGAGCCAGGUGAGCACUACUCCUGCAGGACCCCCAUACUGACUGACUGCACCCAGAUACAGAGCCAGAUGCCAAGCACUACUCCUGCUGGGACCCCCCAUACUGACUGACUGCACUGAAUGCAGAGCCAGGUAAACACUUACUCCUGCUGGGACCCCCAUACUGACCCAGCUGCACCCCAGAUACAGAGCCAGGUAAACACUACUCCUGCUGGGACCCCCCAUACUGACUGACUGCACCCAGAUACAGAGCCAGGUAAACACUACUCCUGCUGGGACCCCCCAUACUGACUGACUGCACCCAGAUACAGAGCCAGGUAAACACUACUCCUGCUGGGACCCCCCUACCGACUGACUGCACCCCAGAUACAGAGCCAGGUAAACACUACUCCUGCUGGGCUGGGACCCCCCAUACUGACUGACUGCACCCAGAUACAGAGCCAGGUAAACACUACUCCUGCUGGUACCCCCAUACUUACUGCACCCCAGAUACAGAGCUAGGUAAACAUUACUCCUGCUGGGACCCCCAUACUUACUGCACCCCAGAGACAGAGCCAGGUAAACACUACUCCUGCUGAGACCCCCAUACUGACUGACUGCACCCCAGAUACAGAGCCAGGUAAACACUACUCCUGCUGGGACCCCCCAUACUGACUAACUGCACCCAGAUACAGAGCCAGGUAAACACUACUCCUGCUGGGUCCCCCAUACUAACUGCACCCAGAUACAGAGCCAGGUAAACACUACUCCUGCUGGGACCCCCAUACUGACUGACUGCACCCCAGAUACAGAGCCAGGUAAACACUACUACAGCUGGGACCCCCAUACUGACUGACUGCAAUCAGAUACAGAGCCAGGUAAACACCACUCCUGCUGGGACCCCAUACUGGACUGACUGCACCCCCAGACAGAGCCAGGUAAACACUACCCUGCUGGGACCCCAUACUGACUGACUGCACCCAGAUACAGAGCCAGGUAAACACUACUCCUGCUGGAACCCCAUACUGACUGAUCACUGCACCCCAGACACAGAGCCAGGUAAACACUACUCCUGCUGGGACCCCAUACUGACUGACUGCACCCAGCAGAUACAGAGCCAGGUAAACACUACUCCUGCUGGGACCCCAUACCGACUGACUGCACCCCAGAUACAGAGCCAGGUAAACACUACUCCCAAGUUGGGACCCCCAUACUGACCGGACUGCACCCUCAGAUACAGAGCCAGGUAAACACUCACUCCUGGGACCCCCCAUACUGACUGACUGCACCCAGAUACAGAGCCAGGUAAACACUACUCCUGCUGGGACCCCCCUACCGACUGACUGCACCCCAGAUACAGAGCCAGGUAAACACUACUCCUGCUGGGACCCCCCAUACUGACUGACUGCACCCAGAUACAGAGCCAGGUAAACACUACUCCUGCUGGGACGCCCCAUACUGACUGACUGCACCCAGAUACAGAACCAGGUAAACACUACUCAUGCUGGGACCCACCAUACUGACUGACUGCAUCCCAGAUACAGAGCCAGGCAAACACUACUCCUGCUGAGACCCCCAUACUGACUGACUGCACCUAGAGACAGAGCCAGGUAAACACUACUCCUGCUGGGUCCCCCCAUACUGACUGACUGCACCCCAGAUACUGAGCCAGGUAAACACUACUCCUGCUGGGACCCCCCAUACUGACUGACUACACCCAGAUACAGAGCCAGGUAAACACUACUCCUGCUGGGACCCCCAUACUGACUGACUGCACCCCAGAUACAGAGCCAGGUAAACACUACUCCUGCUGGGACCCCCCAUACUAACUGACUGCACCCAGAUACAGAGCCAGGUAAACACUACUCCUGCUGGGACCCCCAUACUGACUGACUGCACCCCAGAUACAGAGCCAGGUAAACACUACUCCUGCUGGGACCCCCCAUACUGACUGACUGCACCCAGAUACAGAGCCAGGUAAACACUACUCCUGCUGGGACCCCCCAUACUGACUGACUGCACUCAGAUACAGAGCCAGGUAAACACUACUCCUGCUGGGACCCCCAUACUGACCGACUGCACCCCAGAUACAGAGCCAGGUAAACACUACUCCUGCUGGGACCCCCAUACUGACUGACUGCACCCCAGAUACAGAGCCAGGUAAACACUACUCCUGCUGGGACCCCCAUACUGCUGCACCCCACCUACAGAGCCAGGUAAACACUACUCCUGCUGGGACCCCCAUACUGACUGACUGCACCCUGUGAUACAGAGCCACAGGUAAACACUACUCCCAAGGGGACCCCCAUACUGACUGACUGCACCCCAGAUACAGAGCCAGGUAAACACUACUCCUACUGGGACCCCCAUACUGACUGCACCCAGAUACAGAGCCAGGUAAACACUACUCCUGCUGGGACCCCCCAUACUGACUGACUGCACCCCAGAUACAGAGCCAGGUAAACACUGCUCCUGCUGGGACCCCCCAUUCUGACUGACUGCACCCAGAUACAGAGCCAGGUAAACACUACUCCUGCUGGGACGCCCCAUACUGACUGACUGCACCCAGAUACAGAACCAGGUAAACACUACUCAUGCUGGGACCCACCAUACUGACUGACUGCAUCCCAGAUACAGAGCCAGGCAAACACUACUCCUGCUGAGACCCCCAUACUGACUGACUGCACCCAAAGACAGAGCCAGGUAAACACUACUCCUGCUGGAUCCCCCCAUACUGACUGACUGCACCCCAGAUACUGAGCCAGGUAAACACUACUCCUGCUGGGACCCCCCAUACUGACUGACUACACCCCAGAUACAGAGCCAGGUAAACACUACUACUGCUGGGACCCCCCAUACUGACUGACUGCACCCAGAUACAGAGCCAGGUAAACACUACUCCUGCUGGGACCCCCAUACUGACUGACUGCACCCAGAUACAGAGCCAGGUAAACACUACUCCUGCUGGGACCCCCAUACUGACUGACUGCACCCCAGAUACAGAGCCAGGUAAACACUACUCCUGCUGGGACCCCCAUACUGACUGACUGCACCCCAGAUAUAGAGCCAGGUAAACACUACUCCUGCUGGGACCCCCAUACUGACUGACUGCACCCCAGAUACAGAGCCAGGUAAACACUACUCCUGCUGGGACCCCCCAUACUGACUGCACCCAGAUACAGAGCCAGGUAAACACUACUCCUGCUGGGACACCCCAUACUGACUGACUGCACCCCAGAUACAGAGCCAGGUAAACACUACUCCUGCUGGGACCCCCCAUACUGACUGACUGCACCCCAGAUACAGAGCCAGGUAAACACUACUCCUACUGGGACCCCCCAUACUGAUUGACUGCACCCCAGAUACAGAGCCAGGUAAACACUACUCCUGCUGGGACCCCCAUACUGACUGACUGCACCCCAGAUACAGAGCCAGGUAAACACUACUCCUGCUGGGACCCCCAUACUGACUGACUGCACCCCAGAUACAGAGCCAGGUAAACACUACUCCUGCUGGGACCCCCAUACUGACUGACUGCACCCCAGAUAUACAAGUAGAACCAGGUAAAACACUACCCCUGCUGGGACCCCCAUACUGACUGCACCCCCAGAUACAGAGAGCCAGGUAAACACUACCCCAAGCGGGGACCCCCCCAUACUGACUGAUCGCACCCCCAGAUACAGAACCAGGUAAACACUACUCCUGCUGGGACCCCCAUACUGACCGACUGCACCCAGAUACAGAGCCAGGUAAACACUACCCUGCUGGGACCCCCCAUACUGACUGACUGCACCUCGAUACAGAGCCAGGUAAACAUCACUCCCGCUGGGUCCCACCAUACUGACCGACUGCACCCCCAGAGACAGAGCCAGGUAAACACCGCCCCAAGCUGGGACCCCAUACUGACUGACUGCACCCCAGAUACAGAUCCAGGUAAACACUACUCCUGCUGGGACCCCAAUACUGACUGACUGCACCCCAGAUACAGAGCCAGGUAAACACUACUCCUGCUGGGACCCCCAUACUGACUGACCGCACCCCAGAUACAGAGCCAGGUAAACACUACUCCUGCUGGGACCCCCAUACUGCUGCACCCCAGAUACAGAGCCAGGUAAACACUACUCCUGCUGGGACCCCCAUACUGACUGACUGCACCCCAGAUACAGAGCCAGGUAAACACUACUCCUGCUGGGACCCCCAUACUGACUGACUGCACCCCAGAUACAGAGCCAGGUAAACACUACUCCUGCUGGGACCCCCAUACUGCUGCACCCCAGAUACAGAGCCAGGUAAACACUACUCCUGCUGGCACCCCCCAUACUGACUGACUGCACCCAGAUACAGAGCCAGGUAAACACUACUCCUGCUGGGACCCCCCCAUACUGACUGACUGCACUCAGAUACAGAGCCAGGUAAACACUACUCGUGCUGGGACCCCCAUACUGACUGACUGCACCCAGAUACAGAGCCAGGUAAACACUACUCCUGCUGGGACCCCCAUACUGACCGACUGCACCCCAGAUACAGAGCCAGGUAAACACUACUCCUGCUGGGACCCCCAUACUGACUGACUGCACCCCAGAUACAGAGCCAGGUAAACACUACUCCUGCUGGGACCCCCCAUACUGACUGACUACCCCCAGAUACAGAGCCAGGUAAACACUACUCCUGCUGGGACCCCCAUACUGACUGACUGCACCCAGAUACAGAGCCAGGUAAACACUACUCCUGCUGGGACCCCCAUACUGACUGACUGCACCCAGAUACAGAGCCAGGUAAACACUACUCCUGCUGGGACCCCCAUACUGACUGACUGCACCCCAGAUACAGAGCCAGGUAAACACUACUCCUGCUGGGACCCCCAUACUGACUGACUGCACCCCAGAUAUAGAGCCAGGUAAACACUACUCCUGCUGGGACCCCCAUACUGACUGACUGCACCCCAGAUACAGAGCCAGGUAAACACUACUCCUGCUGGGACCCCCCAUACUGACUGCACCCAGAUACAGAGCCAGGUAAACACUACUCCUGCUGGGACACCCCAUACUGACUGACUGCACCCCAGAUACAGAGCCAGGUAAACACUACUCCUGCUGGGACCCCCCAUACUGACUGACUGCACCCCAGAUACAGAGCCAGGUAAACACUACUCCUGCUGGGACCCCCAUACUGACUGACUGCACCCCAGAUACAGAGCCAGGUAAACACUACUCCUGCUGGGACCCCCAUACUGACUGCUGCACCCAGAUACAGAGCCAGGUAAACACUACUCCUGAGGGGACCCCAUACGCUGACUGCACUCAGAUACAGAGCCAGGUAACACUACUGACUCCCUGACUGCACCUAGAUACAGAGCCAGGUAAACACUACUCCUGCUGACCCCAUACUGACUGACUGCACCAGAUACACUGAGCCAGCCAGGUAACACUACUCCUGCUGGGACCCCCAUACUGACUGCACCCCAGAUACAGAGCCAGGUAAACACUACCCUGCUGGGACCCCCAUACUGACUGACUGCACCCAGAUACAGAGCCAGGUAAACACUACUCCUGCUGGGACCCCCAUACUGACCGACUGCACCCCAGAUACAGAGCCAGGUAAACACUACUCCUGCUGGGACCCCCAUACUGACUGACUGCACCCCAGAUACAGAGCCAGGUAAACACUACUCCUGCUGGGACCCCCAUACUGACUGACUGCACCCCAGAUACAGAGCCAGGUAAACACUACUCCUGCUGGGACCCCCCAUACUGACUGACUGCACCCAGAUACAGAGCCAGGUAAACACUACUCCUGCUGGGACCCCCCAUACUGACUGACUGCACCCAGAUACAGAGCCAGUAAACACUACUCCUGCUGGGACCCCCAUACUGACUGCACCUAGAUACAGAGCCAGGUAAACACUACUCCUGCUGGGACCCCCAUACUGACUUGACUGCACCUAGAUACAGAGCCAGGUAAACACUACUCCUGCUGGGACCCCCAUACUGACUGACUGCACCCAGAUACAGAGCCAGGUAAACACUACUCCUGCUGGGACCCCCCAUACUGACUGACUGCACCCCAGAUACAGAGCCAGGUAAACACUACCCCCAUCUGACUGACUGCACCCAGAUACAGAGCCAGGUAAACACUACCCUGCUGGGACCCCAUACUGACUGACUGCACCCAGAUACAGACCAGGUAAACACUACUCCUGCUGGGACCCAUACUGACUGACUGCACCCAGAUACAGAGCCAGGCAAACACUACUCCUGCUGAGACCCCCAUACUGACUGACUGCACCCAAAGACAGAGCCAGGUAAACACUACUCCUGCUGGACCCCCAUACUGACUGACUGCACCCCAGAUACUGAGCCAGGUAAACACACUCCUGCUGGGACCCCCAUACUGACUGACACCCCAGAUACAGAGCCAGGUAAACACUACUCCUGCUGGGACCCCCAUACUGACUGACUGCACCCCAGAUACAGAGCCAGGUAAACACUACUCCUGCUGGGACCCCCAUACUGACUGACUGCACCCCAGAUACAGAGCCAGGUAAACACUACUCCUGCUGGGACCCCCAUACUGACUGACUGCACCCCAGAUACAGAGCCAGGUAAACACUACUCCUGCUGGGACCCCCAUACUGACUGACUGCACCCCAGAUACAGAGCCAGGUAAACACUACUCCUGCUGGUACCCCCAUACUUACUGCACCCCAGAUACAGAGCUAGGUAAACAUUACUCCUGCUGGGACCCCCAUACUGACUGACUGCACCCCAGAGACAGAGCCAGGUAAACACUACUCCUGCUGAGACCCCCAUACUGACUGACUGCACCCCAGAUACAGAACCAGGUAAACACUACUCCUGCUGGGACCCCCAUACUGACUGACUGCACCCCAGAUACAGAGCCAGGUAAACACUACUCCUGCUGGGACCCCCAUACUGACUGACUGCACCCAGAUACAGAGCCAGGUAAACACUACUCCUGCUGGGACCCCCAACUGACUGACUGCACCCCAGAUACAGAGCCAGGUAAACACUACUCCUGCUGGGACCCCCAUACUGACUGACUGCACCCCAGAUACAGAGCCAGGUAAACACUACUCCUGCUGGGACCCCCAUACUGACUGACUGCACCCCAGAUACAGAGCCAGGUAAACACUACUCCUGCUGGGACCCCCAUACUGACUGACUGCACCCCAGAUACAGAGCCAGGUAAACACUACUCCUGCUGGGACCCCCAUACUGACUGACUGCACCCCAGAUACAGAGCCAGGUAAACACUACUCCUGCUGGGACCCCCAUACUGACUGACUGCACCCAGAUACAGAGCCAGGUAAACACUACUCCUGCUGGGACCCCCAUACUGACUGACUGCACCCCAGAUACAGAGCCAGGUAAACACUACUCCUGCUGGGACCCCCAUACUGACUGCACCCCAGAUACAGAGCCAGGUAAACACUACUCCUGCUGGGACCCCAUACUGACUGACUGCACCCCAGAUACAGAGCCAGGUAAACACUACUCCUGCUGGGACCCCCAUACUGACUGACUGCACCCAGAUACAGAGCCAGGUAAACACUACUCCUGCUGGGACCCCCAUACUGAUUGACUGCACCCAGAUACAGAGCCAGGUAAACACUACUCCUGCUGGGACCCCCAUACUGACUGCACCCCAGAUACAGAGCCAGGUAAACACUACUCCUGCUGGGACCCCCAUACUGACUGACUGCACCCCAGAUACAGAGCCAGGUAAACACUACUCCUGCUGGGACCCCCAUACUGACUGACUGCACCCCAGAUACAGAGCCAGGUAAACACUACUCCUGCUGGGACCCCCAUACUGACUGACUGCACCCCAGAUACAGAGCCAGGUAAACACUGCUCCUGCUGUCUCUUGGUGUUUGGCAGUACUAGAGUACUAGGUCCUUAGGACAGAUUGAUGGCUGUUACUAUUGUUAAUUCUUAAAUGUGACACUAUAUAUUAUCUUUUCUAUGCAGGUUCCCAGAUAUUCGCUACCAUGUUCAAAAACACUUUUCAGUCCGGGUUUCUCUCCAUCCUCUACAGUAUCGGCAGCAAGCCCCUCCAAAUCUGGGAUAAAAAGGUACCUGUAAAUAGAGUACGUCCCCAGCCCUGGCACACUGUGUAUGUAGAAUACGGGCAGUACGUCCCCCAGCCCUGGCACACUGUGUAUGUAGAGUACGGGCAGUACGUCUCCCAGCCUUGGCACACUGUGUAUGUAGAGUACGGGCAGUACGUCCCCCAGCCCUGGCACACUGUGUAUGUAGAAUACGGGCAGUACGUCCCCCAGCCCUGGCACACUGUGUAUGUAGAGUACGGGCAGUACGUCCCCCAGCCUUGGCACACUGUGUAUGUAGAGUACGGGCAGUACGUCCCCCAGCCCUGGCACACUGGGUAUGUAGAGUACGGGCAGUACGUCCCCCAGCCCUGGCACACUGUGUAUGUAGAGUACGGGCAGUACGUCCCCCAGCCCUGGCACACUGUGUAUGUAGAGUACGGGCAGUACGUCCCCCAGCCUUGGCACACUGUGUAUGUAGAGUACGGGCAGUACGUCCCCCAGCCCUGGCACACUGUGUAUGUAGAAUACGGGCAGUACGUCCCCCAGCCCUGGCACACUGUGUAUGUAGAGUACGGGCAGUACGUCCCCCAGCCCUGGCACACUGUGUAUGUAGAGUACGGGCAGUACGUCCCCCAGCCCUGGCACACUGUGUAUGUAGAGUACGGGCAGUACGUCCCCCAGCCCUGGCACACUGUGUAUGUAGAGUACGGGCAGUACGUCCCCCAGCCUUGGCACACUGUGUAUGUAGAGUACGGGCAGUACGUCCCCCAGCCUUGGCACACUGUAUGUAGAGUACGGGCAGUACGUCCCCCAGCCCUGGCACACUGUGUAUGUAGAAUACGGGCAGUACGUCCCCCAGCCCUGGCACACUGUGUAUGUAGAGUACGGGCAGUACGUCCCCCAGCCUUGGCACACUGGGUAUGUAGAGUACGGGCAGUACGUCCUCCAGCCCUGGCCCACUGGGUAUGUAGAGUACGGGCAGUACGUCCUCCAGCCCUGGCACACUGGGUAUGUAGAGUACGGGCAGUACGUCCUCCAGCCCUGGCACACUGUGUAUAUAGUCCUGUUUGUAUAUCCAUGUUUGUGUAACAAAUGGAGAGAGUGUGUGUGUGUGUCUGUCUGUCUCUGUUUGUCUCAAUAUCUGUGUUUCCAUUUGCACUGGUCACUGUGUCCCUGCAUUUACGUGUCGAUCAGAAUCCGUGUCCUGCUGUCUAUUACAUGUUUCGUUCCCGUGUUCUGGAGGAAGAUUGAUUGCUACACAUUGCCUCACUCACACUUGUCUUUUUCUUUAGGUCCGAAAUGGGCAUAUAAAACGGAUAACAGAUAAUGACAUCCAGUCUUUAGUCCUGGAAGUGGAAGGAACCAAUGUAAGGUAAGAACGAGGAUCUGACAUGUUUUGAGGUCUGUUUUUUUUAAAUUGGACAAUUUUAAUUGACUUUUCAAGUGUUUUGGAAAGAAAAAAGAAAGGGGAUGGUUAGAGGGGAGGAAAAUCUAAUUGUACAUCAAUGACCCUUGCAGUCUGGAACGAACAACAUGUACUAUGUCCGUACUUGAUUGUUAUUGCUUGUAAAGAAAAACUGAUCGCAUAUUUAGACAUGGACACCAUAGGUGUGCACAUCUAUACUUGGUUGCACAGGUCGCUACAGUGUGUUGGUAAGUGUACAGAAAGAUUCCAAUAACCGCUGAUAAUGUCUUGUAACUUCACUCAAGUUGUCUGUUCCUCCUGUUCGUUUGACUUGCGUGUUUGGAUUUUCAGUAGACCUUUAGUUACUAUCACAUGUUUGUUGGUAAAGGUUGUGUUUUCUAUGACUGGUUGUUCAGAACACCCUUUGUCGGGCCUGCUAACUCACUCAUUUCUCUUCUUUCGGAUACUGUGUGAUAGCCCCUGUGUUGCUGGACCCUGUGCCUCAUCUACAAUGAUGUUGUCAAUUGUUCCGUUAUCUUAUUUGUUACAGGGUGUAUAACCAUGGGAAGGUAGGGCAUGGGAGGUAGUGGAAGGGGUUGAACCAGGAAUGUGUUUUAGGGGAAGGGGUUCAUGGGGGAUAGAGAAAAUACUGUCCUGGCCUGUUCCAGACCUACAAUUGUUCAUUUAGCGUUUUCUGAAUUGUAAUGCCGCCACAGUUCUGCAAUUUCUUUUGUUGCUACACCUUUUUGCAUUUGGGUGAAUGCCAUUAAUUCAUAGGAUACAGUUGUAGAGAUUUGUUGUUUAAGCUCUGUCAUUGUUGGUACGGUGAAUGUUUUCCAUUUCCUAGCCAGUAAUGGUGCAGCAGCGGUGAGUAUAAGAUACUGCAACUUUUGGCAGACCCUAGGGGAAGAUAUACAGUAGGAAUGUGCGGGGGUCUGGUGGCAUCUGAUGCUGUGUGCAUUGGGUAAUCAUGUCACCUACGUCCUGCCAAUAGUUUUGUAAUGUGGGGCAGGUCCACCAUAUAUGUAGCAUAGUGCCUACGUCUGAAUUGCAUCUCCAACAUACAUUACUCACAUUGGGAUAUAAGGUUGCCAAGGUACCACCGAUAUAACAGCUUCCUCGUUAUUUCUAGAUUUGUUGCACAGAAGGAAAGUGCUUUAUGUGUUGUAUAUGCUGACUGCCAUUGCUCUGGUGUCCCAAUUGCACGAACAGAGCCUGUUUGAAGUAUAUUUACCAGUUCUGUUGCAGGGGCCAUUGUCACAGGGUAAAAGGUUGGCAAGUAGUCCCCUCCAAAAACCAGUGGCGAAGUUGCUUUCAUCACAGUAUGUUAGUAUUGUUAAACCAUGACUGUAGAGUUUGUAUCUGUGUUGCGACUUCUGGGGAGGGGUUCAGUUGGUCUUGUCUGUGGAGGACCUGCAGGUCAAUAUAGUAUUUCCUACUGAUGGUAUCGUGCUUUUUCUUCAGGAAGGAGGCUCGUUUUAUAAGAGCGCCCCGAUUGAUCGUCUUGUGUAUUCGCUUGUACGUCUGCAGUGUCAUUUGUAUUGAAGAAUUUAAUCAAUUCCUCUUUAAGGGUGUAACGGAUCACCUGGCACCCCAACUGGGUACCCCUGUUGAAGGAUGCUCCUAGCGCUUCCUGAGGACUCCAAGCACUGCAGCAGACACCAUAACCACUGUAGACUUCUCCAGAGAGCAAGGCAGAAACAAGAUCUUACAAGAGCUUAACAGUAAAUAUAGCAAGGGAGUAUGCAGAGCAUAGCAAUCCCUUGUAGCAGAAACCCCCAGUAAGAGACGGCACUCCAAAUUGAGGGUGAAGUAGAACUGAAGCUUUUAAUCAAACACUCUGCUUUUAUGCACAUUUUACACACAUAGUACUGCCCACAGGGUUUUGCAGAACAACCAAUCAAUACGUACAAAACACUCAGAAACUCCAACACAAAAUCCUCCCCUCUGCCUGUGAUAUAAUUACUGAACACAAUGGUCUAAUGCAGGGAUAGCCAACCUUCGGCACUCUAGAUGUUGUGGACUACAUCCCCCAUAAUACUCUUAGACUCAUAGUGCUUGUAAAGGAACAUGGGAGGUGAAGUCCAAAACAUCUGCAGUGCCUAAGGUUGCCUAUGCCUGGUCUAAUGUAAUUAUCACAGGCAGGAAAAUACACAGUUUUACACAAUAUUCAUAACUCUAAAAGUAUACAUCACAUUCACAUAAAAAUUACAUUUUCAGAAUCCGCACACUCCAAAUACAAACAUACGUCAAAAUUAUACAAAUUGGUCCAGUGGGUCAAAAGUUAGUUGGUUUUGUGACCGCCUGCAAGCAUGGCUUGGGUGUGGUAAGCCAAUUACCUCCAGCAUACAGAUAAUGGCUCUAUUCACAAUAACAGUAAAAACACAUAAAAAUACAUAAUUCCUAUUAUACUUAACAGAACCCCCAAAUUCAACCUAUCCCCAGAUAGCUUGGAUCUGAGUGCUCACUAUAUCCGAACACCGCUCAGAUGCCACAAACACAGUCAAAUCGCCAUGGGGUUAAACCACCAUAGCAACAAGUUCCAACUGGUCUGGCAGUGUCCUUGGAACAACGCCCUGCUGGAGAACAAUAGACAGGAAAUGGGGGAGAGGCAUACCUUCUCAUGUAUUCAAAGGGGCAGAAAAAGUGUUUCAAAAUCCAAUAAGCCCAAAUAAUGUCUUUAAAGGGCAAUACAUCCCAGGGGCCUUAGUCACAUGGCAGGAGGCUGCCAAUCAGUCUUCUCCAAUGCCCAGUGGCGAGGUCGGAUUCGCCACAAAGGGUAUUAAGGUAAGGUUCGUCUAGGCGCCAUGGGCUUUUAUGCUUAUAUUUGUAUUGGUCAAAUAAUGUCAUUGUGACAAGAUUGUGUUCGGACCAUGUCGUGGGCAGAAUUUCGCAUUUCUGGACCAGAUGUAUAUGUGAGGAGUUAAUUAGGUACCCGUCAAUCCUUGAAUAUGAGUUAUGGACUGCAAAGUCGUGGGUGUAUUCCCUCUCAGUGGGGUGUAGGGUGCGCCAUACUUCAUAUAACUGGUUAGCCGUUGUUUGUAUCUGGCAGUGGAGUCUAACUUUGGAUCGUAUAUGUGGUUAAAGUUGCCACAGAUUAUAGUGGUACCCAUUUUAAACCAGUCAAAUUUUGUCAAUACACUGUAAGAAAAUUCAAUGAUUUGUGUUCGGGGGAUAUAUAUCCGCGAUUUGGGUUAUAUGAUCGACAGCCAGAUGGCCACGGAGGGGUAUAGAGACGCCUUUGCUUUUCCACAUGGAGGUGGCAUUGAAUUGGUGAGGGAAUGCAGAGAGGCUAAUCUUGGGAUUCGUCCCUUUCCUAAAAUGGGUUUUCUGUAGUCACAUGUCUGCUUGUAUUUUCUUAAGAUACUUCAGUAAUACCUGACGUUUAAAUGGGGUAUUCAAGCCCCGUACGUUAUGGGAAUACAUUUUUUAAAAUGUGUUAAUGCUGAUAUGCUGUGGUGCAUCAGGUGUCGUGCAUAUUCUGGUACUUAUAUUCUUACGGUAUUGUAAUGGGAAAGGGCAUUCAAGAUUACCUGGCUCGUGAUAGGAGCUCGGUGCAGUUCUGACUAUAUAGUUCGCUCUGGCGGGUGUAUUGUGGAAUACAGGGUAUAUACAAUGGUAGAACAUAAUAAACAAAUAAAACAUAUGAACAUACUUUUGUUGAAAAUUAACAAUGGUACCUGACCGAAUUUGGGGUACACAGGAUUGGUCGAGCCCGAUGGGCUAACAGCGGUCUAGUCUGAUCCGCUCCGCCCUUUGGGCUCUUGGCUGUAAGUUACUUAAAAGCAGGCGAGGGUGCUCAGCCGACAGGAUACUUCAGGGUGUACAUGCGUGCGGCUUUGGUGAAAUAUAGUUCUAACAAUUGGAUAGCUAAUAUUACUAUUGUUUUUUUGUAGUUGCAACAUGUAAACAGGGAGUGUUCGAUACCUAUUAAAGGCACACGUCCUGUCUUUCGCUGGUGCAUUGUUCUCAGCGUGGGUUGUGUAGGGUGGAUUUAAGUACUGUUAAGUUUCGUAUCACCACUAAUACAGCUCACAAUAUGCUGAACCUGGCAUAGUGCUACAGUGGUAUAGUCUGUGCAGCACAGUACAACACCCUGGACCAUUUGCGUAAGAUGACAGUGCACCAUCCUCCCUGGAGGCCAUAUGGUCCACCCUUCAUCACACUGCUUUUGUUGCGGGCGAAGUCGGGUAAUUACUUGGGCACAGCCAUAUAAAUCUGGGGGGUAAUUCCCCUACCCUAAUCAUUCCCCCGAUACGUUACUUAGGGUGGAGAAUGAUCAGACCUAUUAGAUACAUUUCUCAACAGUACUCACAUAGGCAUGCACUAGGGACUAUGGACCAUCGUCCUGUACCGCCUUCCCUCCCCCUUCAGUUAGCACCUUGAUAAACAGUAGUGUUAAGCAUUAAAACUGAAAAUUAAACACCUCAAACUUUGCAGUGUAGCUAGGGUUUCCCCCAUCUAUAACUCGGGGCCUGUGUGCCACUAGCAUGAGGCUAAUACUCAAGUGUCCGCUGGCGUGUUUGCGUGUUGCGCCCUCCUUGAAGGGGGCCUUCUACCGGUCGUCUUCCAUUCCGUCUGGAGUAUAGGGUCUCUUAGGAGGUUUCGGGUUUGAGUCCACGUGAUAUCCCCAUUGUCAGAGCAGAUGAAGACCAUUUUUGGCCGAUGCUGCUGGAAUGGCUUUGCCCUCUCUCAUAAUAAGGAGUUUAGUGGGGAAUCCCCAUCUAUAUGGUAUUUGUUGUUUUCUUAGAGUCUCCGUGACCUCCCAGGAGUGUCUGCGGCGUCUCUGGGUCUCUGCAGAUAAAUCCAUGUAUAGCUGGAUGUCUGAAAUUGUCCGGUAGAUUCUUGCAUAGUCUGUGUGAUUUCAGUAUGUCUUCCUUUAUAUGGAAAUAAUGCAUUUUCACACAAGCCUGGCCGUGCUGGGUGGCAGAUGUUGCGGUCGUGCCACGCGGUGUGCUCUGUCCAUCAGGAGCAUUGCUACUGGCAGCUCAGGGAGCAAUGUGUGGAAUAAACCUGUUAGAUAGGCAGCUAGGCCUUGGUUUGUCACAUCCUCAGAGAUCCCUCGUAAGAGUUUUUUGCGCCGUCGGACCUCUUCUCCAGAUCCAUUUGCUUAGUUUCAUAGCGUGCCAGUUGUUGCUGAAGUUGCUCUUACAUGGUUGUCGAGAUCGUUGUUGUGCGCUAUUGUGAAGUCCUCCUGUGGCAAACCUAGCCACUUGUGAUAACAUGGACUAUAUGUAGAAAAAGGUUGCAUGUAUUAUUCUCAUAACUUCUUGCAUUCCCUGGCUGUACCCUGUGUAUUAUUGUAUGUGAAUAUUGCAUUCGUCUGCUAGCAGCCGAAAGCCGCUAGCAUUCAUGUGUUUCGUUUCAUGAACAGCCACUUUACAGGCUGUUCAUGAACCAAAUGAGCUAGCCCCUAAUAGCCCACACAGAGAGGGACGUGUGGCGCUCGUUAACCGAUUGCAACAAUGUUGCAAUCGGUAAUUAGAGGCUCUCCUAGGUGGUCGCCGUUUGGCUACCGACCACACGGCGGUCGGCCAUCUUGGAUCCUUUGUCUCCCCAGCGGUGUUUGGUCGUCGGGCGCAUGGAACUGAAAACGGCUACUCGACGGCGCGAACACCGCUGGACUCCGGUCUUUCGCCAUUAGGGUUCCCCAUCGGUGUUCGGUACUUUGGGGCGAACUCAAUGGCAAAGUGUAUUUCAUGCGGCGUUCGGUUGUUUUAGCUGGGAUCUGAGCGGUAUUCUCAUGAACUGUGCACUCCGACCCCAGCUAUCUACCGAACGUCCAUUCGUUUAAAUCAGUGGUAGUCAACCUUUUUCCACUUACCGCCCACUAAUGCAUCUUUCUUGAUGGAAAAAUUUCCUUACCGCCCACCAGUUUUCGCGCAAGCGCGGAAUAUUUUUUAGAAAGGAGGGUGUUUUAAAAAAUACAUAAAUGAACGUACAUUUAUCUUUUUAUUUCUACUUUAUGCAUGUUUAUAAUGUUUUUAACUUUAUAAAGUUUAAUGAGAAAGCAAUAAAGUAAAUUGAACUUACCUUUACUAGUGAUUAAUGAGAUCCUUGAGGUUGAUGCUGCGAGACUAAAUAUUUGAUAUCUGGUUCGAUUUUCAUAAGGAACAAACGAAGGUCUCCUCUUUCAGUGAUAAUCGGAAGACUUCUUUGUUUGCUCAUAAAAUGAUUUCUCAUCUGUGCGUCAGCUCCCCUCCUCUCCCUCCUCAAUUCCCCUUCCCACCUUUUUCCCCUUUUUUCUAUUUUUUAACCUUCCUUAUAGCAAUGCCCAGUAGGAAGGCUGAGCUAGGUAGCCCACUUACUAUUAUUAGUCAACAACAAUUCUCUCCUUUUCCUUUUCUUUCCUUCUCCUUUUUUACAAGUACUCUACUCCUUCUUUCCUCUAUACUAGAAGUACUCUACUCCUUCUUUCCCCUAUACUAGAAGUACUCUACUCCUUCUUUCCCCUAUACUAGAAGUACUCUACUCCUUCUUUCCCCUAUACUAGAAGUACUCUACUCCUUCUUUCUCCUAUUCUACAAGUACUCUGCACCUUCUUUCUUCUAUUCUACAAGUACUCUGCACCUUCUUUCUUCUAUUCUACAAGUACUCUGCUCACAGGCAAACACAUACACACACACACACACACUCACAUUGAAACACAUACACACAAAUAUACACAUACUCACACAUGCACUUACAGACACUCACACAUGCACAGACAGACCCACAGACACACACACACUUACUGACACACACACAUACACUUACAGACAGACACAUACACUUACAGACAGACACAUACACUUACAGACAGACACAUACACUUACAGACAGACACAUACACUUACAGACACAGACACACACAUACACUUACAGACACAGACACACACAUACACUUACAGACACACACACAUACACUUACAGACACACACACAUACACUUAGAGACACACACACAUACACUUAGAGACAAACACAUGUACACACAAAUUAUUAAUAUUAAAUAUCCACCCAGCCUCCCUACCUGGAGAGCUGGUGUGGAUCUGUCCCUGGGGUCCAGUGGGGCUUCACUUAGGCGGGCGGCUAAUCAGACGCAGCGAGGGAGCUCUAACCUCUCUGCUCUGCUCCCUCGCGGACUGUCUACGGAUGCCGGGAGCCGGAAUAUGACAUCAUAUUCCGGCUCCCGCGGCAUCAGCAAACAUCGCGCGAGGGAGCAGAGCAGAGAGGUUAGAGCUCCCUCGCCGCGACUGAUUAGAACGCUGCCAUGCCGGGGGUCCAGAAGGUGGCCUGGCAGGAGGGAGCGCUUCCUCCUGCCGGUCACUGAAGACUUGCGCAUGCAGAGCCGCUCGCGCCCGCCCAAAAGGAGAAAUCCUCUUAAAAAGAGGAUUUAGCCUCAGAAAUCCCUACCGCCCACCUGGAAUCCUAAAACGCCCACUAGUGGGCGGUAGGGACCAGGUUGACGACCCAUGGUUUAAAUAGACUAAGUAUUGCAAAAGUUAUGUAUUUAAAAGUGAAUUGUCGGUUCUGCUGCACGGAGGGAUAAUCCACUUAACGGUAUAUUCCAGUGUGAGUAUCCCUCUCGUGCAGCAGUGCAAGAGACCUCAGUUGACUCCCAGAACUGUGUUUCGUCCGGUUACUGGGGGAUUUGGGAUAUUGCCUUACUUUCCAGCGCUUUACUUUGGAUUACUUUCUUAACCAGCGGAGAUCGUGGGAUUUAAUAUUGCCGCUCCGCUACACCUCCAUCUUGUGCUCUAUGUGUGAUGUUCUAGAGCCCAGAUCGUGAAGGUCUUUUUUUUUUAUUUUUAUUUUUUUAUAAUUACGGCCAUUGCCUCCUUCAUUGUGUUUUGUAGCCUAUCAGCCAUGACGUCUUUCGCGAAUGGAGCCGGUUCAGGCUGUGGUAGGCCUUCACCCUCCGUGUCCUCGCUGCCAUUUUGGGUCGGUGAUGGAGAGGGUUUUGCCGUUUGUGCUCUCAAUGCAAAGAAGGUGAUUUUUGUCCCGGGAUUCGGGUUUUUCUCGUGCUCGGUGUUACAACAUAUCUUGUCUGAUCGUUGUGAGGGUUAAAAUUUGCCUGCUUACAUUGUACUUAGCCAUUUAAGAGCCUUGAGGUAUGGAGCUUCACUGCUAUCCAUCCGACUCGAGUUCCGGCCACACCCCCCAACGGAGUGGACAUUUAGAAUGGCUGCCAGGAUCACAUGAAAUAAAUCUCUUACUGACUGAGACAUGCAUUAAUCUUUUCAAAUGUUUUUUUAUUAUUAAAAUAAGAAGAAGAAGAAAUAGUACUGUCUUUUUAUUUUUUUUAAAACAUUUUUUUAAACAUUUCGACCAUCAAUAAUGUAUGUGUGUGUAUGUAUGUAUGUAUGUAUGUGUGUAUGUGUGUAUAUAUAUAUAUUCUACCAUAGGUAUAUUAUUGACAUAGUAAGAAAUAUCUUGUUGUGAGAAUAAUAAAAUGAAUAAAUUUCGCAUCCACGUUAUAACAUAAAAUAAUUAACUUUGAUAAAAAAUUAUACAUGACGAAAAAUGAAAAUGAUUUAUGUAUUUCAUGUGUAAGUGUCCUACAGUAAUGAGUCCAGUAUCGAUGCUUAGAUUAUUUUCGGUCAGGUGGAAACAUUAUCAAGCUUGUACUUACUCCUCAUUUCUUCCUCCCAUUCAGACCAGUCUUGUCUGACGAGUACAUUAGUAGCUGAUGGUAUAUACGGAGAGUGAAUUCACAAUGUUUAUUCUCAAUAAUAACAAUAAAAUAUCUUUGACAGAGGGAGUAGAAUUAGAUUUCCAAUAUCCUGGAAUGACUGUUGUAGCUGAGAUAAGUAGAUGCCUAACAUUAUUCUUUUGUGUGUUGCUAAGUUAUCUGGGAAACGAUGAAGUAAGCACAAACCAGGGGUUAAAUCCAUUGGAAACUCUGUGAUGGAUAGGAUUAAUUCAAAGAUUUUAUGCCAAUAGUUUAAUAAUUUCGGACUGGAACAAAAAAUGCGAUAAAGUUUACCUGUCUGACCGCAACCUCUCCAACAUAAAUUAGUUAUAGAAAGAUGUAAUGUAAACAUUUUAAAUGGAGAAAAGUACCAUCGAUCAAUUCAUUUUCCAUUUGACUUGUACAAUGCGUGAUACCCUUCAAUAUACCAGUCUUCUACUGUGAGUACCUCACCCAGAUCACUCUCCCAAUUUGUCAUGUAUAGCAACUUCAACUGCCAAAAAACCUUGAGAUGGUUUGUUUUCGUCCAGGAUCCGACAUGUAAACCCUUUCUAAAUUUUCUAGAACUCAGAUCCUGGUCGGAGAUCCCAAAAUAAUCACUAAUCCUUUUUGAACCAAACUCGCAUGUGCAGGGGCGUCAAAAGUGAUAAGUUUAAAUUUACUUUGGAGUUGUUAAAAUGUUAACAGAGUAGAGGAUAAAAAUAAAUCUUUAAUAGACAUGCAUUGAUCUGCCUACAAUCAGAAGAUCCUGAACUGCUCUACUAUUUGGAUUAUUUAUAUAGCGCAAACGUAUUCUGCAGCACUGUACAUAAGGUAAAUAAGACAAAUUAUUCUAACAUGUUUUGACAUUGAUUCAGUAUGUGAAGAGGGCCCUGCCCAACUGAGUUCACAAUCUAAAGGGAUUAAGGACAAAUCCAGAGGGAAGUGAGGGAGGGAUCUGUAUGAACCUGAAGGAAGGGACGGGUGUUUGGGAGGAGGGAGCACUGUAGACGGAGACAGCAAAAUACCUGAUAGCUUGUAGAGGAUGAGAUUUUAAGGCUUCACUAAAGCAUUUGUAGGAAUUGGUCAUCCCAACAUGCUUUAUCUCCUCUCCUCUUUGUGUCUAUUAGCACUACAUACAUAACAUGUCCGGCAGAUCCCAAGAAGACUCUAGGAAUCAAGCUGCCCUUUCUGGUCAUGAUAAUUAAGAACCUGAAGAAAUAUUUCACCUUUGAAGUACAGGUGAGAAUUCCAUUCUUCCAUUGUUUGCUGGUUAAAGUUUUAUAUCCGUGUCAGAGAGCAGCCGAGGAGCAUUCCUUAUUCCUGGGUUCUAAUUGAUUAUAUUGCUCCCCUAUUAGGUCCUGGAUGAUAAGAAUGUGCGACGGCGUUUCCGAGCCAGUAAUUAUCAAAGUACAACUCGCGUGAAGCCAUUUAUUUGUACCAUGCCAAUGCGUUUGGAUGAUGGUUGGAAUCAGAUUCAGUUCAACCUCUCUGACUUUACACGCAGAGCGUACGGGACAAACUACAUUGAGACAUUACGUGUCCAGGUGGGAGUGCUUUCUUUACUGUAGCCAACAGAAUGUCUCUUGUUAACAGACUGUCUCCUCAUUAACCUGGUUUUCUAGGAAACACUCUCAAUAUUUCUAAUACUGUGUUACAAGGCAGCACAUAUAGAGAGGGUGCAAACCCAGGGAGAUAUGGAUCCGAUCACCAGUUAAAUCGGAUCACCAGUAAAAUAUUUCCAUGGGAUUUAUACCAGACAUAAAACGUAAUUGUAACGGCACCCCGAGCAUAAAAGGGUUAAAAUGCCGUUUAGUAGAUCUUCCCUUCCAGAGACACAGGCACAGCUACUGCAGAACACCAAUCAGCCGAACAGGAAACCAUAUGAAUGCUGUAAACAGCCGAAUAGGAAAAACCAUCCGAAUAGGUUUACACUCCUAGCAGUCGAACCGGAACAGCAUACAAUAAAUCCCCCCAAGAACGAGACAAAGCUCCGUGUUGAGGGUCAAGCAGUGAACAGACAGAGCUGUGGGUUUAUUGUACACAUUCUUACACAUUAGUACCACCCACAGGGUUUUACACAACAACCAAUCAUAAACGUACAUUACAGAAACACUCCCAGCAAUUACACACAAAAAUCCUCCCCUCUGCCUGUAAUAUAAUUAUGGCACACAAUGGUUUAACAUAAUUAACACAGGCAGUAAAAAUACAGUUUUUAUCCAUACACUGUAACUUUAAAACUAUACAUCCAAUAUUAAUAAAACUUACAUAUUAUUAAGCAGCACACUUUAAAUAUAAACAUAACCAAAAAUCAGCCGAAUCCAUCCAGGGGUUAAAAAGUUAGCUGGAGGUCCCUUUAUGACCGACCGCAAGCACAUUUUCCUGCCCAAAACAGUUCCAUAGAUUUGGGCUGUGCGGCCGGUCUAUUUCAGGCUGAAAAAACGACUAAGUCCCAUAGCUGAAGGUAGGGCUCAGCUGUGUUCGCGGAAAUGUGUAGCCGAUUUUAGUUCCAUGAAUUUGGCUACACAUACCGCUGACCUUGUUCGCAUUAACAAAGAUAGCCGCCGCCACGUGUUCGGCAAACGAAUAAAGGCCACCCAGCGUUGUCAAUUAAGCUGCGGUUAACUGCAGCUUCUGGGAGGUAAAUUGCCUGCACACUUCCACUUCUGGGUGGUCUGCCUGUUACUUGGUUCAGUAAGCCCCAUUUACUGAACCAAGUGGGAAAUAGCCAGGCACAAAGAGUUUUAACCAGGUCUAGGGACACAGGGGUCCCCGUCUUAAAGGGGCAGUGUCCCAAACAAGUCUGGGGACACCGUCUUAAAGGGCAGUGUCCCAAUCUUCCUGAUGUCCCAAAAAGGUGUAUAAAGGGCCAGCACCAGUCCCAUAAAGAGUCCAUAAGCCACAAUAUGCCCACUGGCUGUCUUAAAGGGCCAUACACACCCAAUAAAAGUGCAUAUGUUUUCACAAUCUCCCAGGGGCCAUAGUCAUGUGGAAGGAGGCUGGCAAAUAGGCUUCUCCAAUGCAAUGUGGCGAGAUUGGUCUCGUCACAGUAAUAAUCCAUCUCAGUGUAUUAUAACUGCAGCUAUAAGGUUAUGGUGUAAGGAGGUCCCCUGUCUCCCCGCACACAGUGUAUUAUAACUGCAGCUAUAAGGUUAUGGUGUAAGGAGGUCCCCUGUCUCCCCGCACACAGUGUAUUAGAACUGCAGCUAUAAGGUUAUGGUGUAAGGAGGUCCCCUGUCUCCCCGCACACAGUGUAUUAGAACUGCAGCUAUAAGGUUAUGGUGUAAGGAGGUCCCCUGUCUCCCCGCACACAGUGUAUUAUAACUGCAGCUAUAAGGUUAUGGUGUAAGGAGGUCCCCUGUCUCCCCGCACACAGUGUAUUAGAACUGCAGCUGUAAGGUUAUGGUGUAAGGAGGUCCCCUGUCUCCACACACACAGCGUAUUAUAACUGCAGCUAUAAGGUUAUGGUGUAAGGAGGUCCUCUGUCAUUAAGAAACAUUGUGCACGUCCCGUUUUCUAGUCUGGAAUAUUAAUUGAUUGCUCUGAUGGUUUCCUGUUUGGUGUAGGACUUUUCUAUAAUCGAUGGGUUUUGAUAAUGGAAACACGAUUUCCUUGUUUCCUUCUAUUCCAGAUUCAUGCAAACUGUCGGAUUCGGAGGGUUUAUUUCUCAGAUCGCCUUUAUUCAGAAGAUGAGCUUCCUGCCGAGUUCAAACUGUACCUCCCUGUACAGAACAAGGCAAAGGUGAGUGCCGAAUAUUCCCCCACCUGCCUCUCUGAGACACUUCACCAGGAAUUCUUUACUGACAAUAACUUUCAGAUUUCAUGGAUCUCCUCUGCAGCCAUGUUUACCAUUUUCCUGUUCUUACUUUUCUAUUUGUGUUUGUUUUACAGCAAUGAAAAUCGUAAUCCAGCACUGAAGUCCUCCCCGCCGCCUGGGAUAGUGUUUUAUAAUAUAUAUAUAUUGGAAGAGCUCCCCCUCCUGUUUAUAAAUUAUGGAGAAUUCAAUCUUCAGACACUCUGGUACUCUCUGUUUUUGUAAUAAAUAAUCUUCCACCUGUUUUGUGUGUUUUGGCUCAUUAUUGACUUAAGA